GGCGUCUUCGUAGAGUGAACCUGACGGAGCCAGAGGCUCAGAGCCGCGGCGGCUUCGGGAAGUAUUUGGAUUGUGAGCUAUUUCAGAAUGCUGUUCUCAGGACCCAUAAUUUUUACCUUUUGGAGAAACACAUCCAGAAGAUGCCCACUAGACUGAAGGAGUACCAGGGAAUCUGAAGACUCUAGAUGACACCAGAGCUACUUUUCACAACAGCCUUCUCAGUUUCCUUUCUCAGAAAGCAGAGGCUCAAGCCUUGGAGACAGACGAACACUGAUAUUUCCAUUUAAUGGAGAGCAAAAGAUGAAGAAGGUAAAGCAGUAUAUUCACUAAGGAUUGCAUCUUCUUGCUGCUACGGACCGUUGUGUUAAGGAAUUCUGCUUCUUCUUGCGUAGGAUCUGAUCAGCUCUUUGGUCAGUCUACAUUGGCAUUACCUGCCCUUUAUCUUGUCAUUGCCAAAAGAAAUCCUGGCUAAUUGCUAUGGAGGGUGAUAAACUGACACUUGCUUAUUAGAGUUACAUCUCAUUCACCCACAGAAAACCAUUCUUAAAAGUGAAUAGAAACAAGCUCUUGUGAAUACCCUUCUAUUGAACAUGACUCAUGGAGAAGAGCUUGGCUCUGAUGUGCACCAGGAUUCUAUUGUUUUAACUUACCUAGAAGGAUUACUAAUGCAUCAGGCAGCCGGGGGUUCAAGUACUGCAGUCGAAAAGAAGUCUGCGGGGCAUGAUGAAGAAGAUCAGAACUUUAACAUUUCUGGCAACAUACUUCCUACCUGUCAAAGUAAUGGUCCAGUUCUCAAUACACAUACAUACCAGGGAUCUGGCAUGCUGCAUCUCAAAAAGGCCAGACUGUUGCAGUCUUCUGAGGACUGGAAUGCAGCAAAGCGGAAGAGGUUGUCUGAUUCCAUCGUAAAUUUAAACGUAAAGAAGGAAGCUUUGCUUGCUGGCAUGGUUGACAGUGUACCUAAAGGCAAACAGGAUAGCACAUUACUGGCCUCUUUACUUCAGUCAUUCAGCUCUAGGCUACAGACUGUCGCUCUGUCUCAACAAAUUAGGCAGAGCCUUAAGGAGCAAGGGUAUGCCCUCAAUCAUGAUUCUUUAAAAGUGGAGAAAGAUUUAAGGUGCUUCGGUGUUGCAUCAAGUCACUUGAAAACUUUGUUGAAGAAAAGUAAAGCUAAAGAACAAAAGCCUGAUACCAGUCUUCCUGAUGUCACUAAAAACCUCAUCAGAGAUAGGUUUGUAGAGUCACCUCAUCAUGUUGGACAGAGUGGAACAAAGGUCAUGAGUGAACCCUUGUCAUGUGCUGCAAGAUUGCAGGCUGUUGCAAGCAUGGUGGAAAAGAGGGCUAGUCCUGCCACCUCACCUAAACCUAGUGUUGCUUGUAGCCAAUUAGCAUUACUCCUAUCAAGUGAAGCCCAUUUGCAGCAGUAUUCUCGGGAGCAUGCUCUAAAAACACAAAAUGCCAAUCAAGUGGCAAGUGAAAGACUUGCAGCUAUGGCCAGAUUACAGGAAAAUGGCCAGAAAGAGGUUGGCAGUUUCCAGCUUUCAAAAGGAAUGUCAGGCCAUCUUAAUGGUCAGGCAAGAACAUCCUCAAGCAAACCAAUUACUAGCAAAAGUAAUUCAACAUUUCAAAGUCCAACGGGUAUUGUUCCUUCUUCCCCAAAAAAUUCAGGCUAUAAGAACUCACUGGAGAGAAACACUGUAAAACAAACUGCUAGUAAUAGUUUGCUUUUACAUCUUCUUAAGAGCCAGACCAUACCUAAGCCAAUGAAUGGACAUGAUCACUGUGAGAGAGGAAGCAUUUUUGAGGACGGUAGUACACCCACCACUAUUGAUGAAUAUUCCGACAACAAUCCUAGUUUUACAGAUGACAGUAGUGGUGAUGAAAGUUCUUAUUCUAACUGUGUUCCCAUAGACUUGUCUUGCAAACAUCGAAUUGAAAAGCCGGAAUCUGACCAACCUGUUUCUCUGGAUAACUUAACUGAAUCUUUACUAAACACUUGGGAUCCAAAAGUUCCAGAUGUAGAUAUCAAAGAAGAUCAAGAUACCUCAAAAAAUUCUAAGCUUAAUUCGCACCAGAAAGUAACACUUCUUCAAUUACUGCUUGGCCAUAAGAAUGAAGAAAAUGUGGAAAAAAAUGCCAGCUCUCAGGGAGUACACAGUGAUGUGACAAAGUUCAAUUCACAAAGUUAUACCAGGACUUCUGUAAUAGAAAGUCCCAGUACAAAUAGGACUACUACUCCAGUGAGCACUCCACCAUUACUUACGUCAACCAAAGCAGAGUCCCCCAUCAAUCUUUCUCAGCAAUCUCUAGUCAUCAAAUGGAAUUCUCCAUCCUAUGCCUGCAAUACUCAAUCAGAAAAGCUAAUGAAUACUGCCUCUAACCACUUGUUAGACCUUACAAAAAACAAAGAAUCACAAGCAGAGAAACGAGUCCAAAAUGAAGGUGCACAAAACUCUGCAACUUUUAGUGCCAGUAAGCUGUUACAAAAUUUAGCUCAGUGUGGGAUACAGUCUUCUAUGUUGGUAGAAGAGCAGAGACCCAGUAAACAGCUAUUAACUAUAAAAACAGAUAAACCAGUAGGUAUGAUUGACAGAUUAAAUAGUCCUCUGCUCUCUAAUAAAACAAAUUCAGCAGAAGAAAAUAAAGCAUUCAGUAGUCAGCCAGCAGCUCCUGAAUCAGGACUCUGUGGUUCUGAAAUAGAAAAUCUGCUUGAAAGACGUACUGUCCUCCAGCUGCUCCUGGGGAACCCCAACAAAGGUAAGAGUGAAAAGAAAGAGAAAAUUCCUUUGAGAGAUGAAAGUACUCAGGAACAUACAGAUAGAGCUUUAAGUGAACAAAUAUUGAUGGUGAAAAUAAAAUCUGAGCCUUGUGAUGACUUACAUGGUCAUGAUACAGAUGUGCACCUGAGCCACGAUGUGAAGGGUGGCCCACUCUUAGGCACGGCUCCUACUAUGCAGAGGAGCACAGCUGCCUUACCAGCCUCUGAGGAUUUUAAAUCGGAAUCCGUUUCACCUCAGGAUUUUUCUUUCUCAAAGAAUGGUCUGUUAAGUCGAUUGCUGAGACAAAAUCAGGAAAGUUACCUGGCAGAUGAUCUGGACAACAGUCACAGAAACAGUGAACUGACACUUGUAGAAUCAAAGAAUCUUUGCAUGGUCCCUAAGAAAAGGAAGGUUUAUACUGAGCCUUUAGAAAAUCCAUUUAAGAAGAUGAAAACUAAUAUUGUUGAUGCUGCAAACAAUCACAGUACUCCUGAGGUAUUGUAUGGGUCCUUGCUUAACCAGCAAGAGCUGAAAUUUAGCAGAAAUGACCUUGAAUUUAAAUACCCUGCAGGUCAUGGCUCAGCCAGUGAAAGUGAACAUAGGAGUUGGGCUAGAGAGAGCAAAAGUUUCAAUGUGCUGAAGCAACUGCUUCUGUCAGAAAACUGUGUCAGAGAUUUGUCUCAGCACAGGAGUAACUCUGUCGUUGACAAUAAAAAGAAAGGACACAAAAGCAAUGUGACAAGUAGCAAUCCUGAAUUCAACAUUUUUCCUUUAAAUGGACUGAUGUAUAGUUCCACUCAACCCAACAGCUGCAUAGAUAACAGGACAUUUUCCUAUCCAGGAAUUGUUAAAACUCCCAUGAGUCCUCCUUUUCCUGAGCAUUUAGGCUGUGCAGGGUCAAGACCAGAAUCUGGGUUUUUGAAUGAUUGUUCCUUGCCCAGUGACAAAGGACCCAUGAAAUGGGUUAUCACAGAUGUGGAUAAGAAUGAAUAUGAAAAAGACUCCCCAAGACUGACCAAAACUAACCCAAUACUGUAUUACAUGCUCCAGAAAGGAGGUAGUUCUGUUACUAGUCGAGAAACACAGGACAAGGACAUUUGGAGGGGACCUUCAUGUGCGGAAAGUGUCUCACAAGUUACAAUCAAAGAAGAGUUACUUCCAGCUCCAGAUACUAAAAAUUCUUUCUUUAAUUUAAGAAGUCCUUACAAUAGCCAUAUGGGAAAUAAUGCUUCUCGCCCACACAGUGCAAAUGGAGAAGUUUAUGGACUUCUGGGAAAUGUGCUAACAAUAAAAAAAGAAUCAGAAUAAAAUGUACCUGCUAUCCAGCUUUGGAUCUUUUUAAACUGAUUAGUAUGAACUUGAGAUCUGUAUAAAUAAGAGCAUGAUUUGAGAAAAGCAUGGUAUACUGAACCUUUUUUUUUUUAAUUAUUAUUUUGAAACUUGGUUACUGGAGAUGUUUAAAUAGGCAUACUACAUUUUGCUUUACAUUAGAUGUCAUGAUGAAACUAAUGAAUUAGCAAUUGGUUGUUUAACACUUCUGUAUGCAUCAGACAACAACUGUGAGUAGCCUAUGAAUGAAAUUAUUUUAUAAUCAUAAAUAAUAGGCAUAAAUUAAAAUUUAAAUCUCCAUCCAUAGUGGAUCACUGUAUUUGCUGCCUUUCAUGCCAUUAUUAGGGUAUUUUAUUUUGCUUUUUGGAAGUUUGUUCACAUGUUUUUUAAAAAAGUCCCAACAAAUACUCUGUAAGUGAUAAUUGUUAAACAAAAAACCUAGUGCUGAUUUACUUUCAUUAUCCAAUUCACCACUAAAUUAGGGGGAAAAAAUGCUUAACAUUUUUCACUUUUGCUAA